ACAUAAUACCAGCUUUAAAGCAGAGUGCUGCUCUUUAGAUCUUCUGAUCACCAACUGAUACAUUCCUUGAUAUAUAGAGCUUCAUUAGUCUAAGAAAUGAAGGAUUGUCUGAAUCUGAUGGCAGCUCUGUCUGAGAACAUGCUGAUAGUCAACAUGAUACUGAGUAUCUUCUUUCUUCCAGGUACUUUGGCUGGUUGUGGUAUAACACCGCACCUCAGAAUCACUACACCAAGGGAGCUUGAAGCUCUGAGUGGAUCUUGUUUGGAAAUCCCGUGUAUCUAUGAUACAGAGGAUACCAGAUAUAACAGUAGCCAACAUAUCUAUGGAGUUUGGAUGAAAGGUGGUUACAUGCCUUAUCCAGAUAUAAUAAUUUUCAACGGCAGUGGGUCAGUUAACAACUAUUCACUGAAUAUUACUGGAAACCUGAGAGAGAAAUACUGCACCACUCUGUUUCCUGAUUUAAAGACCAGUUAUGCAGACAGAUACUUCUUCAGGAUUGAAAAUGAGCCGUUUAAAGCAACAGCUUGUGAUGAUCCACUGCAAAUAACAGUUAAAGAUUCUCCUUGGAGUCCCAGCAUUAAAAUCUCUGUUGGUGAUCUGAACGAGCAUCAGUCUGUCAUUAUAAGCUGCUCAGCUGUGACUCCCUGUCCACACUCACCUCCUGAACUCACCUGGAAUCUCCAACAAGUCUCUGAGAAACAAACAGAGAAAAACCCAGAUGGAACCUUUAUAACUAAAAUCCAGGAGACCAUCACUCUGUCAGACCCACUUGAGGGAUACAUCAGAUGUUCUGCCAGAUAUCCUGUCAAUGGAGGAUUCAAGACAGCAGAGACAAAAGUGACUCUCAAUGUUUCAUCUUCCAACAGUCCAUCAGGUUUGCUGUCAGCAGGUAGCUGGAUGGAGCUGAGUUGCUCCAGCAGAGCCAAGCCUCCUGCCAGCUUCAACUGGUUCUGAAACGACACAAAUGUAGUCAUGAAUGUAGCUGAGAGAGGAGAGUGUUAUAAGGCUAUAAAUCAUCUAGGAAACAAUACAUUGUCAAGGACCUGUUUUGAUGAUAAAGAUGCUCCCAGAAACACCUCAGCAUCCAUCAGUCCAUCAGGUUUGGUGUCAGCAGGUAGCUGGGUGGAGCUGAGCUGCUCCAGCAGAGCCAAGCCUCCUGCCAACUUUACCUGGUUCAGGAGCACCAAAAAUGGAACCAAAAAGGUAGCUACAAGUGACUUUUAUAGCUUCAGGGCCACUGAGGAUGGAGAGUAUUACUGUGAGGCUACAAAUGAUCAAGGGAAUCAGAGAUCAUCAAUCCUCUUUCUUAGUGUUAAAGAUAAUGCAGUCUUUGGACUCCAUAUUACACUGAAGAUCUUAGGAACUAUUCUGCUCUGUAGUGCGGUUGUCAUCUUUGAGUGCUGGUUCAGAUUCUCCAACAAACCAAAGAAGGAAAAAGAAGACCAAAUCUAUGUCAACACUGUCACAGAGACCAAACCAUGAUGUGAGCUACAAGGUGACUAGGAACAUCAGUCAGUUUCUUAUUUCUAUUCAUAUUUCAAUUGUCCAAUUGUUUACUUUCAGGAUGUUAACAGGGUAGUUAUUAUCUGCUAAGGUCAAUAGCAAAUAGCUGGUUACAUUUUAAACAGGUCAUCCUUGUUUUAUAUCUCCAUAUAUAAUGCUAUAAAAAAAUUCAAAUUUUUUCUUGAUGCUUGUUUCCCUUUUACGUGUUUUGUUCUUUGGUGUAUCAAUGAGUUAAAAAUGUGGCCUAUAAAUACUAAAAAAUCAGGAUUGAGAAGUGAGACAUUUCUGAUAAAUGCUAUUUUUUUC